CUUUCUAAACCUCUUGGAAAUUAAAAGCAUCAGAAAAGAUGAGACCAAUAAUACUCUUCCUUUGGUUUUCCCCUUUCGUGAUUUCCUCCGGAAUUGACCAAGAUUAUUCCUCAUUUGAUUCUUCCCUGCCUGACUCCAAAUCAAGAUUUGCCAUGUUAGACGAUGUCAAAAUCUUAGCUAACGGCCUUCUUCAACUAGGACACGGUCUUAAAGAUUUUGUCCACAAGACCAAGGGGCAAAUUAAUGACAUAUUCAAAAAACUUAACAUCUUUGAUCAGUCUUUUUACGCUCUCUCAGAACAAACGAAUGAGCUCAAGGUGGAAGAGGAGCAGUUGAGAAAAACCACAUCGAAACUCCAGGCCAGAAACGAAGAGAUGAAGAACAUGUCGCUUGAACUCAAUUCAAAACUUGAAGGCCUCUUGCGAGAAAAGACUCAACUUCAACAGAAAGUUGGGGGACUGGAGGAGAAAUUAGCACAUUUAGAUAAAAUUCAACCGGAGAUAGAGGAACCCAAAGAAGUUAUCUCGCUCAAGAGCUUUGUAGAACGGCAAGAUAGCAAAAUCAAAAACCUCCUGGAAAUUGUGCAAGAGCAGUACGCACAACUAGAUAAGCAACACAAUCAAAUAAAAGACAUCGAGGAAAAGCUGAGAAAGACUGGCUUUCAAGAAACCACAGACACCUCAUUUUCUUCAAAACAAAGAGCUCCACGGACUAUUCCUUCUUUUCAAUUUAAUGCAACCAGAAAAUCUGAAGGUCAGGGUGUUCCGGCUGAUUGUUCUGCCAUUUAUGAUGGAGAGGAACAGUUGAGUGGCGUAUACGCCAUAAGGCCCAAUGAAUCCGAGGCCUUUAAUGUCUACUGCGAAGUAAAAUCAGAUAGUUCAUGGACCGUAAUUCAACGCAGAUCGGAUGGAUCGCAAAAUUUCAGUGAAACCUGGGAGAGCUAUGAACGUGGGUUUGGCAGCCUUGAUGGGGAAUUCUGGCUGGGCCUAGAGAAGAUCUAUUCCAUAGUCAAGCAAGGGGAUUACAUCUUACGGAUUGAGCUGGAAGACUGGAAAGACAACGAGCGCUACGUUGAAUAUUCGUUUACCUUGGGAAGUAAAGAAACAGACUACAUCCUGCACCUCUCUGAGAUUACAGGCAAUAUUCCCAACGCGCUCCCCGAACACAGAGAUCUGCCGUUUUCUACGUGGGACCACAGCACAAGGACAGAUUUCAACUGUCAAGACAGCUCUUCAGGUGGCUGGUGGUGGGAAAAUGCAUGCGGAGAAACCAACUUAAAUGGGAAAUACGCCAAGCCGAGAUCAAAGAGUAAACCGGAGAGGAGACGAGGACUGUCCUGGAAGCCUCCGAGGGGAAGAUCCUACUCCCUCAAGGCCACCAAAAUGUUGAUUCACCCAACAGACUUAGGAAGUUUUGAAUGAUAUGCGCUCAGGCAAGUGAAGCGAAAAAAAAGCAAAUAAAUGGAACAAAAACUCCUCA